UGGCGGCAACCUGUUCAUUCGUCAGUCCGAGCGAAAGCGAAACGCACAAUGACCUCCUAGUUUCCUUCUACAAGGCGUCCAACCAUUUCAAACUGUGGACCGUCCCGAACCGAGCUACGUUGGUGGUGCGCGAUACCCCGCAAUGUUUGACGGCAGCGUCAGUCGUCGUUCGAGGUGGCCCUAAAAAUACCGAACCGUCAUACAAGUAGGGAGCACUUGCUCGUCUGCGAAACCGAAAGAACGUCGUCGUCUGCAUUCACAAUGUUUGGAGUCCGCUUGUUUCUAUGGGGACGACGUGUAGCACUUCGUCUGUAAGUGACGUUGUGGGAGGCCCGCUUUCGCCGACGACUUCCGACGGUCCGCAGGUGAUUACACACGCCGGAUACAGUGUUUUAAACGUCAAGGGUGAAAUGGCUCAGAAUGGCUCGGUUCUACGAGACAGCGGAGAUAUCGAUGAAGGACUCUACUCGAGGCAGCUCUAUGUGCUGGGCCAUGAUGCCAUGCGACGCAUGGCGUCCUCCGACGUUCUCAUCUGUGGCAUGCGAGGCCUGGGUGUGGAGAUAGCCAAGAAUAUCAUCCUCAGCGGCGUCAAGUCUGUCACCGUCUACGACACAGGGGUCUGCGAAUUGGCCGACCUCUCCUCGCAGUUCUUCCUGUCCGAGGCCAGCCUCGGUAAAAACCGUGCGUCUGCGUGUUUGUCUUCCCUGGUGGAACUGAACACAUACGUGACGGUGUCUGCCUACGAUGGACCCCUCACGGAGGAAUACCUGGCCAGGUUUCAGGUGGUUGUGCUUACGGACACUGCCCUGGAAGAGCAGCUGCGGAUAUCUGCCUUCACUCAUGCCAAAAACAUCUCCCUCAUUGUUGCCGACACAAGAGGCCUCUUUGGCCAAAUCUUCUGUGACUUCGGGGAAUCUUUCCGAGUGGUUGACACCAACGGUGAGCAGCCUGUGUCAACCAUGAUUGCUUCAAUAAGCAAGGACAAGGAAGCCGUGGUGACCUGUUUAGAAGAGACGCGGCAUGGCUUUGAGGAUGGAGAUUACGUGGCCUUUACUGAAGUUCAAGGGAUGACUGAAAUCAACAGCUCUGCCCCGAUGAAAGUCAAGGUUCUAGGGCCCUACACGUUCAGCGUUGGGGACACCACCAGUUUUGGCGACUACGUUCGCGGAGGAGUCGCCACUCAAGUUAAGAUGCCCAAAGACCUCAAGUUUAAACCACUUAAGGAAGCUCUAGAAGUUCCGGAGUUCCUGAUCUCCGACUUCAGCAAAAUGGAUCGGCCCCCACAGCUCCACUUGGGCUUCCAAGCUCUUCAGAUGUUCCAGCAGAAGCACGGCCACCUGCCUGGUCCGUGGAACAAGGCUGAUGCGGCAGAGCUGUUGACCCUGGCCAAAGAACGCAACGGAACGACCACUACGAAGCUGAACGAGUUGGACGAGAAGCUGUUGAGCACCCUAUCGUACGUGUCCGCUGGCAGCCUCUCUCCCAUGCAGGCAGUCAUCGGUGGCAUUGCUGCGCAGGAGCUGAUGAAGGCAUGCAGUGGCAAGUUUAUGCCCAUCCAGCAGUGGUUUUACUUCGACGCUCUGGAGUGUCUGCCACACGGUGGAGAAGUGAGCGAGGCCGACGCCAAAGCCAUGAUAAACACGAGGUACGGCUCCCAGGCCAUGGUCUUUGGAGCGGAGGUUCAGAAGAAAUUGGGAUCUCAGAAGUACUUUCUCGUUGGUGCUGGAGCUAUUGGCUGUGAGCACCUCAAAAACUUUGCAAUGAUGGGUCUAGGUGCAGGAGACGGCAACAUCUACAUUACGGACAUGGACAUCAUCGAGCGGUCCAACCUCAACAGGCAGUUCCUCUUCCGUCCGUGGAACGUCGGAAAGCUGAAGUCCCGCACGGCCGCGGCAGCUGUGAAGGCCAUGAACCCCAAAGUUAGGAUCGUGGCCCAUGAGAACCGUGUUGGACCAGAAACGGAAAGUAUCUACAAUGACGACUUCUUCGAGGCUCUCGACGGAGUAACCAAUGCACUUGACAAUGUUGAUGCCCGAAUCUACAUGGACCGUCGCUGUGUGUACUAUCGUAAGCCCCUGCUGGAAUCGGGCACGUUGGGCACCAAGGGCAACGUACAGGUGGUGAUCCCUCACCUGACCGAGUCUUACUCCUCAUCUCAGGACCCACCCGAGAAGUCCAUCCCCAUCUGUACCCUCAAGAACUUCCCCAAUGCCAUCGAACACACGUUACAGUGGGCGAGAGAUGAAUUUGAAGGGGUAUUCAAGCAGAAUGCCGACAAUGCCAUGCAGUAUCUGAAGGACCCACGGUUCAUGGAGAAGACGAUGAAGCUGCCCGGGAACCAACCACUGGAGGUGUUAGAGUCGGUAAAGCAAGUUCUGGUGGACGAGAGGCCGCAGUCGUUUGCGGACUGCAUUGCGUGGGCAAGGCUCCGGUUCCAGGACCAGUACAACAACCAGAUCCGACAGUUACUUUUCAACUUCCCUAAGGACCAGGUAACAAGCUCGGGAGCUCCAUUUUGGUCUGGACCUAAGCGAUGCCCCCACCACCUGGAGUUUGACCCGAAAGACCCCCUGCACAUGGAUUACAUUGUGGCCGCUGCCAAUCUGCGUGCUGCCAUGUAUGGCCUUCAGGGCAGCACGAACCUCGAAGAGAUAACCAACGUCCUAGCGUCUGUCAAAGUGCCUAAGUUUGAACCACGUUCGGGCAUCCGCAUUGCCGUCACCGAGGCCGAGGCCCAAAUGGAACAGGCUGCCACUGACACUGACAGAUUGAGCACCAUCCAGCAAGACCUUCUAUCACCUGCAACCCUGGGGUCUCAAGUUAAGCUUUGCCCCCUGGACUUCGAGAAGGACGACGACACAAACUUCCACAUGGACUUCAUCGUGGCAGCCUCAAACCUGCGCGCUGCAAACUAUGACAUUCCGCCGGCAGACCGCCACCGCAGCAAGCUCAUCGCUGGCAAGAUCAUCCCCGCCAUUGCAACCACGACGGCACUUGUGUCCGGUCUAGUGUGUCUCGAACUGUACAAGCUGGUACAAGGCCACAACAAGUUAGAGCUCUACAAGAAUGGCUUUGUCAACUUAGCCUUGCCCUUCUUUGGUUUCUCGGAACCCAUACCAGCACCAAAGCAGAAGUAUUACGACCACGAGUUCACACUGUGGGACCGCUUUGAAGUGAAGGGCGAAAUGAAGCUAAAGGAAUUCUUAGAAUACUUCAAGGAAAAACAUGGUCUGGAGAUCACCAUGCUGUCUCAAGGGGUGUGCAUGCUGUAUUCAUUCUUCAUGGCAAGUAACAAGCGCAAGGAGAGGCUCGAACAAUUGAUGAGCGAGGUCGUACGUAACGUCUCCCAGAAGCCAAUCGAGCCCCACGUGAAGGCCCUGGUGUUUGAGUUGUGCUGCAACGACGACCAAGGAGAAGACGUGGAAGUUCCGUACGUCCGCUACCUGCUUCCUCCACGUUGACGUCUCUCCAGGUGCCAUUCUGUCGCAUCCUGCUCUGGAAGACGAGAGACUAUGGAAGUUCGGGUACUAGGGUGACAUUUUUUUUUUACCCACAAAUCUUCCGUUUCUGUAUUCUCGACUGACGAGAGGUGCGCUCAAAUGCCGGAAGCUUUUUUUUUCUUGCACACACCUGCAAAGUAAAGCUUUCCUGUAUAACUUACUUUGUGUCCGCUAAUUUUUAUAACCCAGUUAUGAGACCUACGCAAAAUUUAAUUUAAAAGAAGUAGGAAGGAACAGUUCGCAAAGAAAAGCCUGCGAUUGAUUCUACAAUGCAAGGCAAAGGAAGGUGUUCCGCGAUGAAGUAUUUGUUCUGUGAGAAAUAAAUUUGAAUGAAAAACG